GGUAUGCUGUAAUCUACAUGGUUAGAUAAAGAUUUAUUUGUAAAUAUUGUAGGGGUAUAUUGAGAGGUCACACCAGUAGUUUUUAUAACUCAUUUAAAAUGAAACAGAUCUGCUUAUUCUAUGUGUUAAGCAUCUUACUAGGACAAAUUAACGGCAAUGGAAAUAGUACGUGUAGUACUGAAAUGUUUGGUGGGGAUUUUAAUGCCUACAUGGCAUGUAAAACACAAUUUGCACUGCAAUCUAAUUGGUUUCCUUCACCAAUAGCAGGAUUAUUCAGUUAUUUGAUAUGGAAUGGUUAUGAUGGGUUUUGGGAGAAUGGAUGUGUUCUGGAACCUAUGGUCAAUUUCAUAGAAUAUGCCAACAAUACCAGAUACAUAAACGUUGUCAAGGCAUCUCAACGUGAACUAUACUCCUUGCUAGAGGCCUAUGGACCUUAUCCUUCAUUUGACGAUAUGGGAUGGUAUGGUUUGAGCUAUUCAAGAAUUUACGAAGUUCUUGGGGAACAAGAGUUUUUACAAACAGCAAUUGACAUUUUUAACUGGGCUUGGAAAACAGGCUGGGAUCAUACGUACAGAUGUGGUGGAGGUUUUUGGUUUGAUAACAAUUUUGAAAAUAAAGAAACAAUAACAAACACCGAAUUUCUCCAGCUAGCUGCUAAACUUUAUCGGUUGACAAAGAAUAAUGAUUUUCUUGUGAAGAUGGAUCAGAUAUACUUUUAUAUUUUAAGAAAUAAGCUUAUAAAUGAGACAACGUACUUAAUAAAUGACGGUGCCACAAGUAAGUGUAAGCCUAACCAGUCAUAUGGACCUACAUAUUUACCCGGCACCAUGAUUGGUAGUCUCGUAGAGAUGUAUAAAAUCUCUGAAAAUAAGUCACACAUUGAUUUAGCUAUAAAACUUGCCAACGCUGCCAUACUAAAUAGUACAAACAUAACUGGCAUCUUCACAGAGUAUUGCGACCCACAUUGUAAUAGAGAUGAAAUCUUAUUCAAAGGAAUAUUUGUACGGAAUUUACGAUAUCUAAUGGACGAACUGGAUGACGACGACCAACGAGAUCACUAUCAGAAUUGGCUAGAUUUUAAUGUGAAGGCAAUAAUACAAUUCAACAUGUGCGAUAAGGAUCCAAUUUCUAACUGCAACAUAACAUUUCAAGAUGGACCGCCAUAUUUUAAUGUGACAGGCCCGGUGUUUUCACCUGACUGGAAUGGUCCGUUUACUUAUGGUGCUCCGGAACCACAAACAGCUGCUUUCGACCUUUUUGUUGCAAGCAUUAAGCCAGGAACCACGUGUGAAGGCGCCUUCUGUUCCUAG